AUGUCCGUGCCCACCUACACGUCCAUCACCACACUCAUACAAAAGAUGAGCCACACAGAGGUUGUUCUAACGAUCAACCGCUUAGUCUCCAACAUGAUGAACAAGCUCUCUGGGCAGCCUGAAAGUUAUGAUAAAAAUAGGGGGCAAUAUAGAUUUGGCAGAACGCUCGGCGCGGGCACAUAUGGCAUUGUCAGGGAAGCAGAAUGUGAGGGCCAAAGAUAUGCAGUCAAGAUAAUCCUCAAGAAGAACGUGAAAGGAAAUGAGAGGAUGGUCUACGAUGAGAUGGUGCUAUUGCAGCGGAUGAAACACAGCAAUAUUGUCAGGUUUCACGAUUGGUUCGAGUCCAAGGACAAGUACUAUAUUGUCACACAAUUAGCUGUCGGCGGCGAACUGUUUGACCGAAUCUGUGAAUAUGGCAAAUUCACAGAAAAGGACGCUGCAAGAACGAUCAAGGAGGUGCUUGAAGCCGUCGACUACCUGCACUACAACAACGUUGUCCAUCGAGGUCAGCUAGUCAAGCUCCUGCCAGUACUGGAGAUGCUGAUGCCUGUCUAG